UUAGAGGAUUUAGCUUUAGGUUAUCAUGUGCACACAGCUCUGACUGGCCUGGAGAGAGAGCACUAAUCCUGCACUUAUCCAGGUCGCCUUAGACAUAUAGAGGAAGCACACAGGCUGAUAGCUGAUUGAGGCAGACUUUUCUUUUUUAACUGGAAGAGAAGAGAAAGGCUUGGAAGAAAGGGAAGAGCAUGGCAGAGACCACAGGAGAGCAGUUUGCAAGGGGAGAUACAGAGCUGAAUGGUGGUGAGGCUGCUCAAGGUGUGCAAGAAGUCAGCACCCCAGCUACAGGGGAAGCCAGUGCAGAAGGUGAUAGAGAAUUAGGAGAGAAGGGAGAAGUGGGAGAGGAUGUCCCCGACACAGAGGGCAGUGGGGAGACUCCAGCAGAAGUAGAAGAACCUCAUGCAGAAAGGGAGGAAAGCGUGGAGUUGGAUCCCAAAGUGGUGGAAGGUGUGGAAGGUGCAGAGGAAGAGCUGUUAACCCAUGGGGUGGCAGAUGAGGGUGAAGGAGCUGUAGAGGAGGCAUCUGAGCCUGGAAAUGAUGAAGGACUUCCAGAACACCAAAUCAAGGAGCAGGAAGGAAGUGGAGGUCAGGAGGGUGAGGCUUCUUCCCUUGGGCCAGAGGCUGAGGCCACUGAUGGAGACCAGAAGGAGAAUGGUGCAGAGUUAAAGGAGGAUGAAAAUGUUUUAAGUAGUGAGAGUAGCAGUGAAGGGAUGUCCAGCAGUGAUGAGGAAGAGGAAGAACAAGCUGAGAUUAAAGGAGGGGAAGAAAAAGAAGGGAAGGUGGAGGGUAGUGAGGAAGUGGGUGGCAUGGAUGCAGAGGAAGGUGAGAUCUCACCUGGUGGUGAAGAGGGAGAAGAGGCAGGGGAUGGAAGAAUGGAAGAAACAGUGGAUAUUAAAGGAAGGGAAGGUGAAACAAUGGAAGAAGAGCAAAACACAGAGGUUAACCAGGGUGAAGGGGAAACUGAGUCAGGAGGAGGCACGGAGGGAGGACAAAGCAUGGUAGAGGAGAACAGAGUAGAGGUGGAGGUUACUACAGAGGAUUCAGAACAUGUGGGAGAUGGCACUCAGGAAGGACACGAGGAACCUCCUGGAGAAGGUGGGACUGCAGAAGGUGCCCCUGCCAUAGACAGCACUGGGCUAACAGAAGAGAGUGCUGAAAGGGAAGUGAUCUAUGAAGAUGCUCCUGUAGACCUUCCUGUAACAACUGAAGAAACCCCACCAGAGAUUCCAGAAUCUGGCAUCACCUUGGAAACAGAUCAACAGAUAUGUCCAGAGACCCCUGUAGAAGAAGAGAUCAGAGAAAAUGGUCUAAGUCCUGUCACCAGUCCAGAGACACCGGUGGAGGCCUUGCAGGAGCAUGAAAUAUCUCUGUUUGUUAAGGCUGGCAGUGAUGGUGAGAGUGUUGGCAACUGUCCGUUCUCCCAGCGUUUAUUUAUGAUCCUUUGGUUGAAAGGGGUAAUAUUUAACGUGACCACCGUGGACCUGAAGAGGAAACCGGCAGACUUGCAGAACCUGGCUCCGGGAACAAAUCCUCCUUUUAUGACGUUUGAUGGCGAAGUAAAAAUAGAUGUUAAUAAAAUAGAAGAAUUCUUGGAGGAAAAACUUACAGUGCCAAGGUAUCCCAAGCUUGCAACAAAACACCCAGAAUCCAAUUCAGCAGGAAAUGAUGUGUUUGCAAAAUUCUCAGCUUAUAUAAAGAACCCCAGAAAAGAUUUAAAUGAAAUUUUAGAAAAAAAUUUGCUGAAGUCCUUAAAGAAGCUGAAUGACUAUCUGAACUCACCUCUGCCGGAUGAGAUUGAUGCUUACAGUACGGAAGAUGUCACAAUUUCAAUGAGAAUGUAUUUAGAUGGUGAUGACCUCACAUUAGCGGACUGUAACCUCCUACCAAAGCUCCAUAUCAUUAAGGUUGCAGCCAAAAAGUUCAGAAACUUCGAGAUCCCGUCCGAAAUGACUGGAAUUUGGAGAUACUUAAACAAUGCUUAUGCCAGGGAUGAAUUCACCAACACAUGCCCAGCAGAUUCUGAAAUCGAGUUUGCCUAUUUUGGUGUUGCCAAAAAAACAAAUCUACAAGACAAAUAAAUAAUGUUUUUCAGAGCAAAAUGGAUGGGGGGGGGCGUUGGUUUUAUCAAUAUGGGCCUUUAAACUGAGAACACAUCAGCCGAAUUAUCAACAAUUCUCCCGUCUUGUUAAUCUGUCUUUGUAGCACAUAUAGCCGCCACUGAAAAUCCACUAUAACUCCCAUCACCCCUAGCUAUGCAUAGCUACAUUAUUAUGGGUGUUAAAGUCUGUGGUUUCAUAUCAGUGAACGAUGGGACUCGACUGUGAAGUUAUAUAGAUAUAAUUAAUGUUCCCAUUAUGUUUCCCAGUUAUAUAAUUUAUAGCCUGCAUUACCCAAAUAGCUUAAUUUAUCAACUUUUUUUCAUAAUUAUUAUGUAAACACCAGGUAUCAAAAAACGUUGAAACCUACACAGGCUUCCAUGCUAAAGUGCAACGUUUUGCAUUGUACCUGCACAGAGGCAAUCUCACAUAGAACACCAUAUUACCACUAUAGUAACCAUGGGUUUGCUUAUAUUUGUAAAACUGUUCUUAACAAGUCACUGUAGAUUGAAUAAAAAUAGUACAAGUUCAACAUUUUGGUCAGAAUAGAAGUAGGGAAAUGUACCGAUCUGGUGAUUUUCUUCCAAUUUUGUUGUUUUGGUUCAAAUGUACUUCUUAUUUGUUAAUUUUCUAAAUAACAAUUUAGUGAUUAAACCCUAAAAAGACAUCUGACCUUUAAUAGCUAUGCUACACCUACUAAUGUACAAACAGGGUUAUUUACCAAAGUGAGAAUUGUCAGGAAUUCAAAGUGAAUUUCAAAUUUAAAGGGACAUUCUAAGCAACCAAAACAACUUCAGCUAAAGGAAGCAGUUGAGUGUAUAGAACAUUCCCCUGUAGUCUCACUGCUCAAUUAUCUGCCAUUUAGGAGUAAAAUAACUUUUUUUCUGUUUAUGCAGCCCUAGCCACACCUCCCCUGGCUGUGACUCACACAUGUUCAAUUAAAAAAAUUGUUUCAUUUUUAAUCAUAAGUUACAGCACAGUGUGUUUACUUUUAUUUCCUGUUCUUUCUACUGAAAUCUAAUCACACUUGAGGCGCCUGCAUGCUAUUAAAGCAAUACUGCAGGCACCAAAACAAUGUUAGUUUAAUGAAGCAGUUUUGCUGUAUAGAUCAUGCUAUUACAGUCUCAAUGUUCAAUUCUCUGUUGAAUUUAGUUGAAUCAAUUUGUUUAUGCAACCCUAGUAACACCUUCCUUGCAUGUGACUCACAAAGCCUCCCUUAAAACUUCAUGGAAAGGGAGGUAUAAUGUUGAAGCUUUCUUUAUUUUACAGUGUUUCUUCAUUUUAUAAUUUCUUGCCUCCUGCUCUGUUAAUAGCUUACAGGAGCCUCCUUUGUUUGAUUAAAGUUCAAUUAACAAAGCAGGCGAUAAAAACCACUAAAGUAAGUUAAGAUCUGAUUAAAAAUGAAACUAUUUUGUAACGCAACCUGUGUGAGUCUCAGCCAGGGGAGCUAUAGCUAGGGCUGCACAGAUAGAAACAAAAGUGAUUUAACUACUAAAGGGCCGAGAAUUGAGCAGUGAGACUGCAUGGGGUUGACAUAUACACUAUAACUGCUUCAUUAAACUAACGUAAUAUUAAAGUUAACACACUGUGCAAUAAAGUAAGUUUGAAAAUUGUACCUCUCUUUACAGGAAGUGUGUAGGGAGGCUCUAUGAAUCUCAGCUAGGGGACAUGUGACAUGGGCUGCAUAAACACAGUGAUUUAACUCCUAAAUCGCAGAGAAUUGGGCAGUGAGACUACAGGGACGUGAUUUAUACAUUAAAUCCAAGUUGUAUUGGGGCUGAGAGUGUCCCUUUAAGGCCAAAAUAGCUGAAUUGGAAAAAAUCUCCAAGCCAGCGAAGCAUCCAAUUUGGUUAUUUUCAUCUAACUUUGAAUUCACUCUGAACUCUAGACUAUUCUCACUUUAGUGGAAAUCCCUGAUUGUGUCACUUUGUGCCUUAUGCCUCCAUUUAAUAAGCUUUUCCAAAGGAUUCAAUACUGUUAGAAAAAAAUCCAAAUGAUUUUUCACAAAAAUUCCUAUAAAUAUUAAUGGUGAUUAAUGUAGCUAACUUAGUUGGACACUCUUCUAGGAGUAUUGCAUCGUUUGGAAACUUGAGGCCUUAGUCAGAGACACCAAUUAAGGCUUUUCGUAUUUCCAUAAUGCAUGAUGGUAGAUAGAAAAUGAAACAUGGACCAUUCUGCAGACACAUACCAUAGUUUACUAUGACUCAACUUUAUUCCACAUUCCAGAACUGGCUUUAUACUGUACAUAAUCCGCAUUAUUCUAAAAGUACCUCAAUCACCAUGGAAACCAAUGUAAUGUUUCUACUUUUAGAACCUUUCCCAGAAUUCCUUCUGAUAAGUAAUCCCUUAAACAGAAAUCUAAAAGUGUAUUCUAGCAAACCGAAUAUAGGUUUAACAGUGUGAACUGUUUUUUUUUCUCCCACACAACGAAGCAAAUCAUAUUUAACAUGGACCUGUCCAGGUUUUACCUGGACGACCUUGAAGUGGCCAUAGUCUGUAUUCAGAUAUUUUUCUACGCAUGUUAAACGUUGUGCUUGGCCAUAAAUUUUUUUUUUUUUUUACAUAGGAAAGAAAAUAAACAUUUAAAUGAAUGCCAUAACUGUUCAGUCCACUUGUCUCACAAGUGAUGUGUCAGUUUUCAGCCUAUAAUUGCUACAAGAGAUUGUGAGAUGACUGACAUGCAUUCACUGCGCCAGAUUUUAAUAAUAACACAUAUAAAAGGAUAAAAGAGACAUUUAAGCGAAAAAAAAACAUGUUCCAGUUCUUUUAUCAAAGCUUAGAUAGUCACAUUACUCACAUGUUGCUCAUUUAACCUGUUUCUUCUGAUAUUUUGUAUUUGUGGACUCUGUGAGACAUUGCCACGACUGGGAACACCAGACUUGCCGUUAAUACAGCCGCUUGCUGGUCCUCUGAGGCGUUGUGGGAGUGGUUGAGUCUAGCUCCUCCCACCCUCCUUCAUCUAAACUGAACCUGUGACUGUCCUCUUUCUACAACAGACGGGAUCUGUGUAGACACAUCUUUUUCACUUUGUUGUAGUUGGCUGAGCAUUGCGAGUCAUUUCUUUCCAUUCACCAAUGUUACUUCUUUUUGCAUUCGAACGUUCAGAUCUAUCCGUAUAUAUUAUUGUUACAAAUGCCUUAAAGAUAUAUUAUUAAAUAACGGAAUUUUAA